GUGGGGAGACAGAAAAGGAGAAGAUUCGUGUGCACAUUUUGGAGAACCAGACCAUGGACAACCAUAUGCAGCUGGCCAUGAUCUGCCACAACCCAGAAUUUGAGAAACUGAAGCCAAAAUACUUGGAGGAACUCCCUGAAAAGCUAAAGCUCUACUCACAGUUUCUGGGGAAGCGGCCAUGGUUUGCAGGAGACACGAUCACUUUUGUAGAUUUUCUCGUCUAUGAUGUCCUUGACCUGCACCAUACAUUUGAGCCCAAGUGCUUGGAUGCCUUCCCAAAUCUGAAGGACUUCAUCUCCCGCUUUGAGGUGAUGCCCCCAUCCUCCUUUCUCUUUGAUGCCCCUUGUUCCUUUCCCUCCUUUGAGAUGCUUUCCCAGUCCUGGAGCUACACAUAGAAUAACUUGCAUUUAUUGAGCAUUGGCUUCAUGCCACGAAC